UUCAGUGAGGUCUCAGCGGUCGGUGAAGUAAGACGGUGAUCGGCAUUCUUAAGAGUUGAACUGCUGCCGUGCGUCUUUCCCCCCGCUCUCUCCGCAAUGGCGCUCAUUGAAGUAUUUUUUUUGCUCACGAUUAUUGGUGCGUUGCUGUACAAAUGGACGGUCUCGGGUUUUGAUUACUUUUCAAAGCGGGGCGUGGCACAUUUGCCGCCCAAGCCGCUGGUGGGGAAUGUGCCGCUAUCGGUGCUAAUGGGAAGUGGUUCCUACUUGCGUCACAGCAUUGAACUUCAUCAGCAGCUGAAGCAGCACAAAAUCUAUGGGGUAUACAAUCUGAGCGAGCCUCUCUAUUACCUGGCAGAUGCGGAACUUAUACGCCAGGUGGGCAUUAAGCAUUUCGACAACUUCACCAAUCAUCGCCAGGGAAUCACCGAUGACAGCGCCACUGGGAACCGUUCGGUCAUGUCGAAAUCUCUGCUCUCACUGAGAGAUCAACGCUGGAAGCAGAUGCGUCACACAUUGACACCCACAUUUACAGGUGCCAAAAUACGCCUCAUGUUCGAGCUGAUCCAUGCGUGCAACGUGGAGGCGGUACAAUAUGUGGAGCGACAACUGCAGGAGAAGAAUCGCGUGGGAGUCGAGUUGGAGCUGAAGGAAUUCUUCAAGCGCUAUACCAACGAUGUGAUUGCCACCGCCGCCUUUGGCAUUCAGGUGAACAGUUUUGUGGAUCAACAGAAUGAAUUCUUCACCCUUGGUCAAAGGGUCUCACAGUUCAGUUUUUGGGGUGGACUCAAGAUUCUGCUCUUUAUUCUCCUGCCGCGACUAAUGAAGGCGCUCCGAGUGCCUCCCAUGGACAUGGACAACGUGGCCUAUUUCAAGCGUUUGGUCUUUGGCGCCAUGCAAGAACGAAGGGAGCAGAAGAUUGUGCGUCCGGACAUGAUUCAGCAGCUGAUGGAGGCACAGCGUCAGUUUAAGGAGCAACAGGAGAAACAGAAAGAGGGAGAGGGAGAUGGAGAGGAGCAGCCAACGAAUGGAGCUGAAUUCAAUGAUGAGGAUUUGCUGGCACAGUGCCUGCUAUUCUUUUCGGCUGGCUUCGAGACAGUCUCCACCUGCCUGAGCUUCACCACCCACGAGUUGUUAAUGAAUCCACGAGUGCAACAGACGCUUUACGAGGAGAUCUUGGAGGUGGAGCAGCGACUCGGGGGCAAGCCCCUUGACUAUGACAGUUUAAUGGGCAUGAAGUAUCUGGAUUGUGUCAUCUCGGAGUCACUGCGCAAGUGGCCACCAGCGAUUGUCAUCGAUCGCCUGUGUUCCAAUGACUUUGAGCUGCGGGACGAGGCGGGAGAAUUGUUGUUAAAGUUACGCAAGGAUGAACUGGUCCAUAUACCCAUUGUGGCACUGCACUACGAUCCGGAUAACUUCGAGGAGCCUGAGGAGUUUCGACCUGAACGCUUUGAUGAUGAGCACAAACACGAACUUCGGCCAUUUACGUAUUUGCCCUUUGGCAUUGGCCAACGCAGUUGCAUUGGCAAUCGCCUGGCUCUAAUGGAGGUCAAAUCGCUCAUUUAUCAGCUUGUCCUCAGAUUCCACCUGCUGCCCGCGGAGCGUACAACACAGGACAUGAUGGGCAGCAUUACCGGUUUUCGAAUGGAGCCCCGAGAAAUGUUCUGGUGUCGCUUUGAGCCAAGGCCAAUAGCUGACUGACAAACAAGCUAAUUAAUUACCAAUAACCCAAUGGCUGCUCACAGUUCCUAAGGUGUUUUUAACUUAAAGAUACUGAACAUAACUAUUAUAAUUUUAAUAUAUAAAAUAAAUAUAAUUUUCAUUGAUAAACUGAUGAAGAAAAUUAAAAAAA